AUGCAUGGUAUACACAAGCUGUUUCCCAGUUGGACGCAUUUUGCGUUGAAAUCGCUGUAUUUCAUCGCGGCCCUUAAGCAGUCUGUUCCAGUAGAUUCACGAGACGAAAUCCUGUGCUACCACCGCUCCUUUUUGCUCCCGUUCACCCCAACCUGUGGAACAUCGGCACGCAAUGAAUCACAGUGGCUGGUUUUGCUUAGCCUUGCCUAUCGAUGUUUUGGAGGCCUAUCUGGAUCUGAAGCUGUAUGCCGACAAAACAGACGAUGGCAGUCUUCUCAAAUCCGAGAGACGUCCCAUUCUUACUUCGUUGAAAACCAUCCUGCUACUGAAAAACUGGUGGGCUCGAACCCUAGCCUCAUGCUUGCGGAUGAACCGAUCGAGGUAGUAGACAAAUUCGUUUACCUGGGCAGCUGUAUCAGUCCCGGUGGUCUGGCGAAAGAUGAUAUUUCCAUCCGGAUUGGGAAGGCCAGAGCAGCUUUUGCGAACCUAUGUCAAUUGUGGCGUAGGCGUGACAUCAGCUUCUCUGUCAAGGGUCGAGUUUACAAUGCUGCGGUCCGUGAUUCGAACCCGACCUUUGUCCCUCCACUUCCCCUGUCUAGGGUUGGGCAACCUGACAGUAUCUCAGCCCUCGUGCUUCCUUCGAGUAGCAUGGCAGAUAGGCACCGGAAGGGUGUUUUACACGUGAACGAUUUUUUCACUAUCCCCAUGAUGGUCGAGACAUUAAUCUCGUCCAUAUAUCGAACAACCGUUUAUUUCAUCGGUCAGGAAGAAGUGAUCCCCGCUGGCCAUUUCAUCCUGUCGAAGGACCGAGUAUGCUUUGACCCUGUAUAUGUACCUCCACCGUGUUUGUUGGUUGCGGGACUUGCGGGAAACGGAGGAGAAUUAGCGGAGUGUGUUCGGUUCUCGUCGCUCUUCUGUGGAACCGUGUUUCGUCUCACGCUGCACUGCGUCCAACAGAGUGAAACCGCUGAGGAUAAUAAAUUCACUCUGAUUUGUGACCCAUGGAUUGACUUAGGCGAUCUACACACCCUGUCAGGAUCAGAAAUCUCGCCCAUAGCGAACUUUGUGCAGUCUUCCAUCUGGCCUGUUGUCGCCUCCGUUCACCAAUUGCCUCUUGACUGACCUUGUUUCUUCUUUAUCGGUCCGUUAUGCGGUAACUUUUUCACAUGUAUACAGAUCUGCUUGUCCAAUAGUCAGAUUUUGUCGCUGACAAUCGGUUUCAGUAACGAAUACAGGUUUUCUGUGACUUUC